AUUUGACACAGAUCCAGGUAUGUCGUAACGGGGGUGAACAUUUAAACCUUCAGACGGUCAGGGAUAGAAAAUACAUUCAUUUAAACAAUGAAGAGGAGUACUUUAUCCCAAAACCCUAUGAGGAAUCACGGAAAGAGUAUUGCUGCUUCUAACAAGCCCGCACCCCAGAACUCUGUGACCAAAGCAAGCAACCGGAUUUCCUUAGAGCCUAUUAAAAAAUCAGCACCAGAAUCUCUUACCAGAACAAGACGCCCUAAAGCUGAAGCCUCUGCUAACUCACAAUCACACGUGUCUAAACUGACUAACAAGAGAGGUUGUGAAAUUGAAAAUGCUGACAAAAGGCAGGCAUCCACUGUGAAGAGAACUUUCUCCAGACCAUUGGUAAAAGAAAGCAGUUUACAGGCUGAGAGAGGACCUUUGAAGAAACUUCAGCCUAUUAAUCUAAGCCACAGGCCAUUGAGGAGGAUGUGUUCUGAUGCUGUUGCGUCUCCAGCUACAAUCGGACCAUUAGGAACCAAAGGGCAGCAGGAUAAGACAGCGGUUCUGACUCAACCAAGGGCCGGCAGGAGAGAUCCAUUACUUGAAAGUAUUCGGCUGAUGAGACGACCGCCCUGGAGGAUGGGAGCGGUGCUGAGGGACGUCCCGCUGCCCCGCCUGAAGCUGCGCUCGUCUGAGGGGUACCAACCGCAGCCAGGCAGCCCCUGCUUGCGCAGGUUGAGGGGUGACAGGGGCCGAAGAGCUGGGCGUACGGCGCCGCUAGAGGAGAACCCCGAAUCGUUCAAGCACCAGAACUGGCUCAUGCCCAUCUCCGAGCCCACCAGCGCCAGCGCCAGCUGCUGGGAGGAGUCCGCCCGCCCGAACACGCCCGCCCUCUACCUGCUGAGCCGUGCCCUGCCAAGGAAGGGGGUCAGGCAGAGGCACGGCUCCUUCACGCUGCAGGCUCGCACUGAGGUCCCACGGCUCCCCGAGCCCAACAGCCUGGACCUCUCCCAGGUACCUGUCCCGCUUCACCUGCCAAACUACCCGUACGGCAAGGUGCACCUGACCCUGCCGGCUGCAUGCUGCCCCACCUCGCUGUGCGGGGGAGACCAUGGCGUUCGCCAGGUGACACCCUCCGAGUCAGACCCGGAAUACUCGUCUGAUUACGAGGAUGAGUCGUCGUACGAGUCAGACAGUGACUUCUCACGGUGACGUCAUCACGUCUUGAUGGCCGAGGCCUGCUCAUUUUUCUUAUAAACAUAUUUUGUCGUAGGGCAAGCAGGAUGAGACA